UUGGAAUUUCCUUCGAUUUAAAAGGCUACUGGCUCUGCGAUUGCUUACCCCUUGCUAUUGUAUUAUAUGUGGCAGAAACCCAUCUUAUCUCCAAAUGGAUGGUACUUUGAUCUCAUCAAGGGGGAUCAGGCGUGGACGGGGCAGUACAAUCCUUCAUCUCGCCCGGCUCAAGCUCUGAUUUCAUUGACUCAUCCAAGUGUUUUGGAUUUUCUCAAGUUGAAUUCCCUCAAUGCCCCUCCCCCCUAUCCCGCUCUCAUCUCGACCCUAUCUUUCAAUGAUUGGGCGGACAUCGUUUGGGUCUCUACGUGCGACAAGGAGUCAUUUCCGGAGAUGUUGAAGGCUAACGUCCUUGGUGCUAAAGCAAUGCUAGAUAAGGAUAGGUUGGUGGAGUCGUCGAUUAGGGACGAGAUCAUGGUAAAGGAGAAGGUAUUUGUGGACCUUAGGAACGCUACUACUGAGUUCCACUCGGACCUCAUCCAUUUCGUGGCACAGGAGCCUUGUGCUUCCGAGUCUGCGUCAGAUGAUGAGCUUCCCCUCACUGAGGAGGAAAGGACGUUUCAUGCCAAAUUUCUAGAGGAAUCUGAUGCCUACCACUUGCGACACGUGGCACGACAUGAUGAUAAUGAUGACGACGGUGGUGAUCACGAUGAUAGUGACGAUUACGGUGGUGAUGUUGAUCUGGACGACGAUGUCGCUGAUGAAGAUGACGAUGUUGAUGACGAUGAUGAUGUUGAUGAUGAUGUUGGUGAUGGUGAUGAUGGUGAUGAUGACGAUGAUGAUGAUGACGAUGAUGACGACGAUGAUGACGAUGUUGAUGAUGACGACGAAGAUGACGAUGGUGGUGAUUUUGAUGAUCACGAUGACAAUGUCGCUGAUGAUGAUGAUGUUGUUGAUGACGUUGAUGAUGUUGAUGAUGAUGUUGACGAUGAUGACGAUGUUGAUGACGUUGACGAUGUUGAUGAUGAUGUUGUUGAUGAUGAUGAUGAUGUUGAUGAAGAUGAUGAUGAUCACGAUGACAAUGAUGGUGAUGAUGAUAAUGAUAAUGAUGAUGAUGAUGACGAUGACGAUGGUGGCGACGAUGAUGGUGAUGAUGGAGGCGAUGAUGAUGAUGAUGAUGGCAAGCAAGAAUCAUGGGGCCACUCGCGAGAAAAGAACGAGCGAGAAUCAGAAGGGGACACAAAAACCAUGUGGCCCAAUGUCACCGACAUCCUUUCCCUCCGUUACGUGAUGGAGGGGACCUUCUCGACACCACGGGUCUUCGAGUCGAUCUUCUCGACACCACAGGCCAUGAGUGCCGAGACGCACAUCCGCUUAGCAGAACCUUUUCGUCCUUGUGCGAAAUCCGUGUGGCAUUUCAACGGUGUGACAACGAUCCACGGAGCGACCGCAGAGGAUUUCGACGAGGACCCAUGGAUGACCGUCGUCCCGUGCAUGGACGCGCAUCUUGACGACUGGGGCGAGGGCAAUUGGGACAAUAUGGAGAGUCACUGUCCUUGGGCAAGCCAGUACAAGUUCGCGAAUAUGUUGGAGUUCGGGGACCUCAUUCCAUUGCCGCCGUCCUCAGACAUAAGCAGUCGUCGGCGGUUCUACAUGAAAAAUGUCUACGGUGCGAAGGGGAACGUCGUCGCCGGUGCCAAGGGGGCGAUUCUGGACAUGUGUCCGUUCGAGGGGUUCGGAGCGGGUGCUGCGAACACCCCGUUCUACAACCACCUCCGGCGGCAGGGCGGGUUUGUUUUGGGUCGAGAGUUCUUUGACUUGUUGGAGGACAAGGACAUCGCCCUCGACGUCCCUUGCGAAGUCGGCCCCGACUUGGAACUGUCAAUGCCUUUGCAGCCGUGCGGCGGUUGUGAGUCGAGCGGGGCAGCGGGGGAGGGGGGGGAUCUGGGUUCCGGGGAGGCUACACAUGUGCAGCGGGAGGAUGCCAGAGGUCAGUUUGACGACAACGAAGAUGAGGCGACACCGCGUCCACCGUUUUCGCUGUCGAGGGAAAGAGACAGGUACUUCCUGGAGUACAAAGACGACGUCAGGACAAGGCGGGAGUUUGAGAUCAACCCGGCUCAGAUCGUCGACAUAAGGGAGUGGGAGGAUCUUUACAACCAGCGGUCGCUAGAUCCCGUCCUCGUGGAAACGAUAAGGGAAGCAAUGCGGACUGCGUUCGAAAAUAAAGAACAGACGUACGAGUUGUCGGUCUUCAAGCUCGCACCACUGGGGCUUCAAAAACCAACUCCUGGGACCAAGGCACAACGUCUGAAGCCGAAGGAGUGGAAGGACGAGCUAGCGGGAGAAUACUACUACUACGCGGUGUGCGGGCAGCACAACGCGGCUGCAGCCAGGUCGCUGCUCGGCAGCGAGGUGGCCAAGAAGUACAAUUUCCAGCGGUGGCCGGCACAGAUGGUGUACUUUUCUGACGAUGACUUCGGAGGGUAUUUUCUUGUUGGUUCACAGGACAACAAGAAGGACCUCCAGGCACCUCCCAGACAGUUGAAACUUUCUAUGAAAGACAUUCAAUGGCAGUGGAAGCAUGACGGCUGCCCAAGAGCUGUGAUGGGGAACCCUAGCGGGAAACAAGAUCAGGUCCGGGAUUGGCGUAAGUUUUGUACAACGGCGCUCCAUAAGGCGCCUCAAAACAGCUUGUGGCUUCUCGCGGAUCAAAAGGAAGAGGAGGCUAUUAUAAAGCAAAAUGCUGCCCUGCGUUCUUACUUACCUCUGGCGAUGGCCGAGGAAAAUGUCUGGAAACUGGCCGUGGAAUUUUUCGAAAAAUGGGAGACGGGCAGAUUACUGAGCCACGACGGGGCGAAGUGGAUCGUCAAAAAGAAGAAGGUCAAAAACGUAAAGCCUGGGAUCGCCUACAUCCACAACGACAAAUUGGGCAGAACGGAGGUGGUGUACAACGUCCCCGUGGACCCGCCGAAUAAAAAGGGCAAAAAGGAGAAAGAGGAGGGCGAUUGGUUCGUGCAAGUGCUAGACCCGGACGCGCAUUGUUUGAAAACAAUGGAAUCACUCACGGACAAUGAGAAGUGUCACGUUCUGGAAAAGGUGCUUGCUUGCGAGGUCGUUUGGGUCCAGGCCGGCUCCUCGUCGUUGGCAAAGUUGGGAAAGCUCAGCGUGCAGGACAUGGUGCAGCUGGUGAAGUGCGACCACGGCAGCAUCUACGCGGAUAUGGAAUGCAAUCCGACACAAUUCGUCGGUCUUCUUGAUUUUCUUGGCAAGAAGGGAGAGGGUGUCGUGCUCCUUGGGAAACCGCACGCACGAAGCGUCUGGGAGCUUCUGAAGGCCGGCCGGCACGUUGUCGCAAUGGAAGGGAACUCCGACCUCUUGCAAUUCACGAUGCAGGUGGUGAAAGGCGAGGUCAAUUCGGGUGGGCACAAUUGUAAGUUCAUGGUCGUGAGGCCAACACGGGAUAAGUCACUGUACUUCGUGGAGUCCGAGGAGCAGUUGAAGUUAGCCAGUUACGCUUCCCUGAUCUCCACUGACGACGAGGAAGCCAUAGGUGUGGAGUUUGUCGCCAACGCGAAGGAGGAGGAGAGCGACACKGAGAGCAUCGACCUGCRGUACGACCCGCCKCCGGCGGACSACGGCCGAGGGUCCUCGUCGGCCGGUCCAUCACCAAGCGCUGCAGCCCUCGUGUCACCAUUGGCCAAACCGGCGCCGGGCACCACGCCGAUGAAGUUGAUGGAGAGACUUAGAGCUUUGGCCGCCCCCCCACCCGCUUUGCGUCCCGGGUCCGUCGUCCCGCCCGAUCAUCCGUCUUGGAAGGAUGACAACAUCCAGUUCCUGCUUGAACCGCAACGUCAUUCACCUGAGCUGGACUGGGGCCAUGACAUGGUUUGGCAUCCGGGAGUCCUCCAGCCAGCGAUACGAAAUGGUGAGUGGGUCAUGGCCGUGGCAAUCCCGAGCGCGGGAUGGGUGUCAUUCCCACGCGAGUCGAAGUCGAACUUCCUGCACCUCGCGAGGAUGUCGGUCCUCCAGAAAGUGACGAUCGAAAAUAACACUUUAGCACCCGGCGACCUGUCCCUCAUUUCCACUGUCGGUCGACUGUUCGACGAGCUUCAGGAAGGGUGCUGGUUGGAAUUGAUGGAGGACUACUACGAGCUCAACACGAGUCCGUCGAAGGGCGUGGUGGACUGGAAAGUGCCCCCUCCCAGUGGGCCGGACGGUGGUUCAGGGGGGGGGUCACCUGGAAGCGGAGGGGAUGGGGGUGGCGACCCAGAGGGUGGCAAAGGAAUCCCGCCUUUGGGGGAGAGAGGGUCUCAAGGCCGCAACACGACACCGGGAGUCAGCGCCGGGGUGGCGGGUUUCGCCGUCAACCGGACUCCGUCGACGGGCACCCGGCCCGAGCAUACGACACACUCCGUCGACCCCCCGACUUCGUCCGUGGGCUCAACGAGGGACACGUUGGCAGCCUUGGUUCCUCUGGGCAGUCGCUCGGCCGGAAAGCUGAAGUCCGCCGGGAUCCGAACUACGUCGGGUGAGGAGCCGCCAGAGCGGUCCGGAAUGCGAAGCUGCUCGGGGUCGGGGGAUCCAAGCAAGGAUCGAGAAAUUCGCAGCAUUGCGGCGCGGGACGGAGACGUCGGAAAGGUGUCGCCUGAGCGGGAGCGACGGCCGCAAGGAUUGCAGCGGGAGGCUGCAAGUGCAGGGUCCGGCGACACGGAGACCACGAAGUCCGCCGAGAUCCGAACUUCUUCGGGCGGGGUUUGUCGGCCAGGGGUGGUCGUGUCGUUGAGAGGGGCAGCGUGCACGGGGACGGAAGGGCGGUCCUCGAGAUUCAGCACGGGUACCGCGGAAGGGGACGAGUUUCGUGGGAGGGAAGUAGGGGAGAAAAUGGAGGAACAGAAGGGAGCGCACGAAGAGGAGGAAGAAGGGGAAGAAGAGGUGGAAGGGCAGGAAGCGGGAGCAACGGAGCUAAUUGAUUUGUUUGAAGGAAGGGAGGAUGUCGGAUCUGGAGAAAACAAAGUGGAACACAGUGAGGACGAUGUCGGAUCUGGAGAGUCGUCUGACGAGUUCGGACAACUGUACGAAGAGCAUCAAGAGGAUGAUGUCCACGAUGAUGCCACGACAAUAGAGAUGGAGACACAAGUGGUCUGCAGCCUUUCCGCAGAGCCUGAAGAUUAUGCGGUCCGACCACUGACCUCUUCUGUCGACUUGCAGCACCGGUUCGACAAGGCUUCCGUCGCUAUCAGCCCGUCUGAAAAAAGUCGACGUAUAAGCAUCGACGAAGUUAUCGACGGUAUCCUCUGCAACCACAACGUGUUUGCCCGUCCGUCCGCAACUGACAACAUCACAUCUUCCAUGGCAGCUGCCCUCGCUUCGUCACCGCCGAAGUCUCUGGUGCUGCCGGCCACCCUUGCCGCUGAAGGGGAAGGCGAGUUCGGUGGAGGACAGCAUGUGACGUCCCCAAAAAAAUCGAGGUUCGGCGGUCAAGCUCUCGACGUGCUCACUUUGCCUGCACCAAAUUCACCAUCGAAGGAGCGAAGAGAGAAAUAGACUGGUAAGCCGGGAAAAACGCCUGCGCAUUUGGAUG